GAGAGUCCAGGUCGGGGGAGAUGGCGCCGCGCUCCGGGACUGGCAGGGAAGCGACCCGAUUGUUGAGGUCACUAAAGGUAGUGAAUACACCUGAAAGCCCAGGGCACCCACCAAGUUGGAGAGAAUGAAUCCAUCUUCUUGCAACGUGGCAGGUAAGAAAGUGCUCAUUGUCUAUGCACACCAGGAACCCAGGUCUUUCAAUGCAUCCUUGAAGAAUGUGGCUGUGGCUGAACUGAGCAAGCAGGGCUGCAUGGUCACUGUGUCUGAUUUAUAUGCCAUGGACUUUGAGCCCAGGGCCAUAAGGAAAGACAUCAUUGGUGAUCUCUCUAAUCCCGAGGUCUUCAAUUAUGGAGUGGAAACUUAUGAAGCCUACAAGAAGAAGUCUCUGGCUAGUGACAUCAUUGAUGAGCAGAAAAAAGUUCGGGAGGCUGAUCUAGUGAUAUUUCAGUUCCCGCUGUACUGGUUCAGUGUGCCGGCCAUCCUGAAAGGCUGGAUGGACAGGGUGCUGUGCCAAGGUUUUGCCUUCGACAUCCCCGAAUUCUUCUACAACUCCGGUUUUCUCAAGGAUAAAUUAGCUCUUCUCUCAGUAACCACAGGAGGCACGGCUGAGCUGUACACAAAAGCAGGAGUCAGUGGAGACUUUCGAUACUUCCUGUGGCCGCUCCAGCAUGGUACGUUGCACUUCUGUGGAUUUAAAGUCCUUGCCCCUCAGCUGAGCUUUGCUCCUGAAUUUGUAUCUGAAGAAGAAAGAAAGGGCAUGGUGGCUUCAUGGGCUCAGAGGCUGAAGACUGUCUGGGAGGAGGAGCCCAUUCCCUGCAUGCCCUCUUGGUACUUUGGGCAAUAACUGUGCCAUGUGUGCAUCAUGUGAACAACAUACUAGGAGACCCAAGCACAUGCAAAGAGAAGGUGGUGUCAUGAAAUAAAAUUACAAGAAAGCGAACUGGAAAUAUUUGAUGAAGUGCAUUAAAGAGUGUCUUCAGACUUUUAUACUA